AAAAUCCAUGCAAAGCACUUAAUACAGUAACUGUCACAUAGUGAGCAUGCCAAAAAAGUGUUAGUUGUUAUUAUAAUUGAUAUUCAGAUUCUUGAGGGGAAUGUAAUAAAUUAGAAACAAGUUUUGGAAUGGUAACGAUAUCCGGCUUCAAUAAUUUAGAAGUAAAUGUGUUCAAUGCUGUUCUUAAUUGCAUAAGACAUCUGGUAACGUAGAACUGACUUUAAAUGAAAACUUUUCUAUCUAAUAGUUUCAAACUCUGUGUUUUGGCAAAGUGGGACUGAAAGUGGCCAACUUGUGAUGUGUGUAGCCCGUCACUCUUUCCCACAUGGUUUGUUGUAGACAGAGCCAGACCUGCGAGGGAGUGGGAGUCAUCACUGGACAGCCAGCCCCAACGCUGAUGAAGUUAAUAAGCAACCACAAUGCUUCAAAAACACUAAAUUCCGGCGAUAUGGAGACACUAAUCGAAUGUCAAUCAGAGGGUGACAUCAAGGAACAUCCCCUGUUGGCAUCAUGUGAGAGUGAAGAUAGUAUUUGCCAGUUCAUUGAAGUUAAGAAGAGGAAGAAGGUGCUGUCCUGGCCCUUUCUCAUGAGGAGGCUCUCCCCUUCAUCAGACUUCUCGGGGGCUUUGGAGCCAGAAUUGAAAGCAUCACUAUUUGAUCAGCCCUUGUCAAUUAUCUGCGGUGAAAACGACACACUCCCCAGGCCCAUUCAGGAUAUUCUCACUAUUCUGUGCCUCAAAGGCCCCUCUACUGAAGGGAUAUUCAGGAAAGCGGCCAACGAGAAGGCCCGCAAGGAGCUGAAGGAGGAGCUCAACUGCGGAGGCGCCGUGGAUCUGGAGCGGCUCCCCGUGCACCUGCUGGCUGUGGUCUUUAAGGAAGUUGCUGGGAGUCAACGAGCGUUGGAGAGAGGUUUCCCCGGAUCCGUCAGAUGCAGGGGUGCCGGCAGUGAGGGGGACUUCCUCAGGAGCAUCCCCCUGAAGCUCCUUUCAAGUGACCUCUUUGAGGAGUGGAUGGGCGCCCUGGAGACGCAGGACGAGGAGGAGAGAAUCGAGGCCCUGAAACAGGUUGCAAAUAAGCUCCCGCGGCCCAAUCUGCUGCUGCUGAAGCACCUGGUGUACGUUCUGUGCCUGAUCAGCAAGAACGCCGAGGUCAGCAAGAUGGACUCCAGCAACCUGGCAAUCUGCAUCGGACCCAACAUGCUCACCCUGGAGAGUGACCAGAACUUGUCAUUUGAAGCCCAGAAAGACUUGAACAAUAAGGUUAAGACAUUGGUGGAAUUCCUCAUCGAUAACUGCUUUGAAAUAUUUGGGGAGAACAAUCUGGUGCAUUCCAGUAUCACCUCUGAUGACUCCCUAGAACACACUGACAGCUCAGACACAUCAACCCUGCAGAAUGACUCGGCCUAUGACAGCAACGACCCCGAUGUGGAAUCCAACAGCAGCAGCGCCAUCAACUCUCCCGGCGGGCAGCCCCAGGGGCCCACUGCCCUGGCCGCUGGCCUGGACGACAGGGGGCCGUGGGAUGCCUGUGAGUCAAGGCCAGAGCCCAUCGCAAGCACGGUGGCCAGGCUGAAAUGCCACCUCGGCCAGCCCGACAGGAGGCACUCGGAGCCCAGCAUGCCGUCCUCGCAAGAGUGCCACCAGAACCAGACAACAAACCAAAGCCUAACAAAAAGUGAGGAUGCCCUCCCCACGGCCCGCGCAGGCUCUCGCCUGGAGAGUGAGGACGCCGAAGACCCCUUUCCAGAGGAGGUCUUCCCUGCAGGGCACGGCAAAACCAAGAGGCCGGUGGACCUGAAGAUCAAGAACUUGACCCAGGGCUUGGCGUUACCACGGGGGCUGGUCCCCAAAGCCUUGUCCAGUGGCUCCCUGGACGGGUGCUCCGACAGCUCGCCCGUGGCCUCUCCUUCCAGCCCCAAAAGAAAUUUCUUCGCCAGGCAUCAGUCUUUCUCCACAAAGACUGAAAAAGGCAAACCCAACAGAGAAAUUAAAAAACACUCCAUGUCAUUCUCCUUUGCCUCUCACAAAAAAGUGCUGACCAAAACCCCCAGCUCUGGGAAAUCCCAAGUCUUCACCAGAGACCAAGUCACAAAGGGCUCUAGGAAAGAAAGCCAGCUGGCCGGCCGAGUCGUCCAGGACGACGGGUCUGAAACCCACAGCCCCGCUGCUCUGGGCUGCAGCCCGAGGUCUUGCGCGCUCUGGGUGGACGACGUGUUCCAGCUGGCCGAGCUGGGGGGCCCUGGGAGCCCGCCCUCCUAUGAAGAGGCCAUCCGGUGCCAGGCGUGGGAGCCCACCGCCUAUGGCAGCCAGACCGUGGGCAGUAUGAGGGCGAGACUGUUCAGCCAGGACCCCUUCCUGCCACCUAUUUUCCUGUCUCCCCACGGAGAGGACUCAAAAGACAGAUGCGGUGGAGAGCCCCUUGCUGGGCACCGACUGUCUCCCCUGACCCAGCACUGGGCACACAGCAGGACUGUCAGUGCUUCUGAGGAAACUCGGAGGCACGUGGCUGUCCCAGGGAGACCUGAGCUGCAGCGGCUGAGGACGGUGUCAGAGACUGUGCAGAAGGAUAAGAGGGACUAUCUAACGCGACGCUGUAGCCAGCCCAUCUUUGAGGCUGACCAGCUGCAAUAUGCGAAAGAAUCCUAUAUUUAGGAAGGGAGGACGUGCGCCAUGCCAUAGCUUGUGGUGUCUCUGUAAAGAUACGACUGUAUGAAGAACUGCUUUUAGAUUCCUUUUUGAAAGGUCAUGAAUAAGCUCCUUUAGAAACUGCUGCAGAGCCCUCCUUGGUGAGGACUGCUACAGCGUGGCGAUGGCGCAUCAGGCAGUGUCUGUGUGUACCUGGAUUUGUGCAAUAUUUGUGCAAUAUGUAACAAAUGUAUAAAAUGUAUUAUAGACCCAGUGUUAGGUGCAAAGAAUGUCUGCAUAAAUCCCUGCAUACUUUGUUGGUUUUGUUUGUUUGUUUGUUUGUUUGUUUGUUUGCAGUAAAGUCCACUGCUGUGUCUGCCUCCUGGGGUACUUUUCUAUUGGUUAGUGUUUAAAAAUUAUCUUUGCUUUUUUAAUGUUGCCUCAUAUGUCAUGUCAAUUUUUGCAUUUUCCACAAACUCCAUUUAGGGAGAAAUGUUUAAAUCUCUGGUAUACGUUUACUCCACUGAGCAGCCUUGUGAUAACUAAUCACCAUGGUAAAGGAAAGAAACAGACUGCCAGGAAUAGGGUUCAGUGUUUGGAGUUAUCCAAGGCAUUACAAACUCCAGCAAAAGAAGAGGCCAUAGUGAAAAUUAUGAAAAAUACUUAAGCAUGUCCUUUCAAUCAUCUGAUUAAAUUGGGUAGAUUAGUGAAAAUGCAUUACAUCAGUAUAAACUCAUUUAUAGCACUUUGAGUUUCUUUGUAGUUCAGUGGUGUCUUAUCCAAUAGUGUGGAGGUAAAUGAUUUUAUAUACAUUGGGGGUCUUCUGUUAAACUUCAAUGUAAUUUCACUACAAUAAAUUGCCUUCCUUAUUUGAAAGUAAAAA